UUACUAUCUCGAAUUUCAUCCAGACCUAUCGGUGAGCUGCGUCGAUAUUUCGAUCUACUUGUCGACCUGCUUCGCCUUGCCGAUCCACUAAAACCGGCACGCAUUGCCGCUGUCAUUGAUGGCUUGUGCAUGGCUGCUGAUACUGAACCGAUUUCGGAACGUCCGGAUGGUAAAUUUUGGCAUCCACUCUUGCCAGAUGCUGCCCACAAAUUAUGGAGUUGGGAGAAAGACCAGAACGAAACACAGAGUAACAUCAUCACAAGUGUCACAGAGGAAGGCACACACGAGAUCCCCAGCGCCCAAGUUUUCGGCCGAUCCACCCUUACAAGACCUUGCUCAUCGAACGGAUCACCGGCGCAAACACAUCUAUCAGAUAAUUUUUGUAAAAUGGGUCUCCUUGGUAAGAAAGCUUAA